AUGCAAGUGCCAGCCCACGGCCGAGCGGACUCACGAGCGCAACACAUCUGCUCCCGAAUCCAAUACUAUCCCAGAUAUCGAACUAAAUAUGGAAUCGUUUGCGCUCGAGUGAAAAGCGCAGUGGUGGGGAGAGGGGCGUUCAUCAGGGACCGUCGGGAGGGAACGAAACUUCGGAGUCAGGGUGGGACUGCCGAACGGAUCAGUCUCUCCUUCGUCGAUAGUCCAAUACACAUCAAAAUGGCGGAUAAGGACAAGAAAGUAAAGAAGAAGAAGGCGAAGGAAGACGCGCCUGCCGAGGAAGCCCCGGCCCCAGCCGCGCCCGCCGCCGGCGGUGAGAGGCAAUCCUCUCGUGGUAGCCGCAAAGCCAAGCGUACCGGCUCCAAUGUGUUCUCCAUGUUCUCACAGAAGCAGGUCGCUGAGUUCAAGGAGGCCUUCCAGCUAAUGGACCACGACAAGGACGGCAUCAUCGGCAAGAACGACCUUCGCGCCACCUUCGACUCCCUCGGCAGGCUCGCCACCGAGAAGGAGCUCGACGAGAUGGUCAGCGAAGCGUCUGGACCCAUCAACUUCACCCAGCUGCUGACCCUCUUCGCCAACCGCAUGUCCGGUGGCUCCGACGAGGAUGACGUUGUCAUCAACGCCUUCAAGACCUUCGAUGACGAGGGCAAAAUCGACUCCGAGAGGCUGAGGCACGCGCUCAUGACCUGGGGCGACAAGUUCUCCGCUGACGAGGUCGACGAGGCCUACGAUCAAAUGGAGAUUGACGACAAAGGCUUCAUUGACACCGGCAAGCUUAUCACCAUGCUGACCGCCAGCGCCGAGGAGGAGGAAGGCGGAGAGGCCGCGUAAUGAUUCCACCAGAUAAUUGAGAUGCGAGACGCAAGGCAGCCACCGCCCGGCCAGGGUUCAUAGACAUCGGAUUAAACCACCACGAUGCGAACCGAACAUCUUUUUUAUUUUAAUUUUCUAUACAUAAUAAUUUAUUGUUUCCAUUUUUUAAAUAAUAUAUAAUGAAAAUAUAGUUCUACUAUUACCAAACUAUUGUAGUACUGUCCCUGUAUGAAGAACACUGGGAGUGUUAACCGAGAGAGGAAUACUAUGUAUUCAUUAUAUUAAUGUUUCUGAAUAAAGCUACGCUAAAGUCUGAAUGAAAUGACA